AUGUUCUUGAACGUUCUUAUCUACGUCUUGAGCGGGGUCUCCCUGCUUUCGACGCUCUUGAACGGCUUGCACCUCUCCCUGCCAACUGCAUUGAGCCUCUUCUCCAGCGAUAGCCUCUUCUUCUUGCCUCAUAUCUCCCUCGUCCUCUUCCCCAAGUCUUCGUUUGUGCCUGUUCCGUUUACUCAGCCUUCGACUGCCAUCUCGCCACUGUUUAGCAUCGUCGACACUACCAUUCCCGGGCUAUUGUCGCCCGCUCUCUACUACUCUAGCACCGAGGUCUCCAGCGACAUCAAGCAGGACGUCUUCGACAGCGCAGCCGAAGCCGCGAUUACUACGGACCUCGUCGUCUAUGCGCCCUCUAUUGGUCCCGAUGAAUACCCUCUGGAACGUCUCGUCGCUUUCCGCGACUAUUCUCCCAAGCCCUCCACUCCGACGUGCGGCGUUUUUGAUUUACUCGACUCUGCCUCGUUUCUCGAGCACUCUUUGGAUUUGGCUGCCCCGGUCGCCUCUACCCCGGAGAUUAUCUCUGGCUUGUCCUUCGAACUGACAAUCCGUUCAUCUUCGGAGCUCACUGUCUAUGAGCAUCGUGACCACUUUGUCUGCCCCGCGUCGGCGCCUAAUGUAGUGUCUUCUGAGCCGGCUGUCCGCCCUUCUGAGCUGGCAGUCUACCAACCCCACGAUAUCUUUGUCUGCCUCGCGUCGCCGUCUCCGUCCCAUGUAUUCUCUAACGUCUCGCAAAAGUCGCGUCCCUCGCCGGUUAACGAGCGGGAUGUGGACUACAUGCCUCAACACGUCCCAUCCCUAUCUGCGCUCGUAAUCAUUGGUCGGGCACCAACUGCAAUGCCUACCGGCAAUGACGCCUUCAUCGAGACAGCUUCACGUACCAUGGGCGCCAUCUACAGGCGGCUAGCUUCAAUAUUCUACAAUCUACCUUGGACUGGUCUCGAUAUACCGGCGCCGCAAGAGUACUGGCAGAAGCUGGUCUGUCAUUGGGUGACUCGUCUGUACACUAUCAUGAAGUUGAGGUCUCGUGCCCCCUAUAUUGCGUUGGGUAUCACGAUGGUCAAGGGUCAAACGGUGGAUGAUCAAGAGUCGAAUGGUCUGCUCGGGCGGCUAAGCGCAAAGCUCAGAUCCGCUCGCAUGCUCGCCGCCGUCUUCGGCGGCAAAUCGAGCGUGACAGCAAAUGCGACGACGACGCUUUCGAAGAUGUGA